AUGGCGUCGAUAGCAGACGACGAUGAGAUACCACAGCUCUCCGGUGAUGCUCUUGCCGCGCUAAAAGAAUUUUAUGGCGAGCGGGAUGCACGACAAAAGCAGUUUGAGGAACUCAAAGGCCAAGCCGAAGAUGACUUCGAAGGGAAGUUGUCCAUGGACGCCUUCACCGAAGACUGGAAUGCAAGUCAAUUUUGGUAUAGCGACGAGACCGCUAUGGUGCUUGCGCGACAGCUUCUGGAUGGUGCGACAGAUGAGACAAGGAUAGCAGUCGUGUCUGCUCCGAGUGCUUUCAUCCAGCUGAAAAAUCUACUGAAUUCGGGUGAAGUCAAGUGCCGCCCGCAGAUUAAAUUGCUGGAGUUUGACGAGCGCUUUGCCGUCUUCAAGGAGUUCGUGCGCUACGACUUCGAGAAGGCGAUCCAACUACCAGCUGAGAUGAAGGCCUCGUUCGAUGUCAUCAUUUGCGACCCGCCAUUUCUGAGUCAAGAUUCUGCCUUGACCGUGCGAUGGUUAGCGAAGUCAUGGACGCAAGAUUCUCUGCGUCUCAUUGUCUGCACUGGCGAGCGUAUGGAAAGCCUGGUUACAGACAAACUAUACGGGAAAGUAGGAACUAAGACGACUGAUUACGAGAUCAAGCACGCCAAAGGAUUGAGCAACGAGUUCAGAUGCUACGCGAACUUUGAGUGCCCAUCGUGGAAGUGGGCAAAGUCAUGA